AUGACUUACUUGUUCAAUCCUUUUGUCAGCAAGAUGCAUGUUCCUUUCUGGUCGUCUACCGUCAGUGCGAUGUUUGAGGUCGUUUGGGUCAUUUGUUUUGUGACGAUGGCGCUCCUUUUCCUGGCCAUGCUGCAAAACCUGUUGCAGCACCCUGAUGAUGACGACGACGACGACGAUUUCUCGCUAGAUGGAUGGGAUAGCGAGAUGUCGUCUGUUGCCGAUUCGGACUACGAUGGUGACGAUGAAGAUGAAGAAGACGAGGAAGAUGAAGAAGAAGACGGGGACGAAGAAGAAGACGGGGACGAAGAAGAAGACGAGGACGAAGAAGAAGACGAGGAGGACGAAGAAGAAGACGAGGAAGACGAGGACGAAGAAGACUCUUCCAAUUCCGACACCUUAGUAUACUUCUCAGACGGCAACGACUCCGAGACCACGGCCACUGCUUCACUGACAGAUGCCGAUACCCUCAGUGACAUGGACGAACUGGAAUCGGAAUAA